AUGAAUAGAAAAAAGCAAUUGCCUGGUUCGGCAUUUUCUGGAUCAACCGAGACAGGACCAAAAACUGACCCCAAAAAGAUGAAUUCAUCGGAUACACUAACAGAUCAAAGUGAUAGAUCAAAUGAAUUGAAAAAUCUAAUCACGUUCGAGUCCUCACAUCUAUCAGUUUGGCAAGUUUUUCAUAUAAUUAUGGCGAUUGUAUUACGUUUUAAUCUAUCUGAUGAGGUUUGGCAGGCUAUUCUCGACUUGAUCAAACUUGCAGCUGGACCAAAAUUUAAAUAUCUAGACACCUCGAAAUAG